AUGCCUUUUCCGCAAGUCCUCAUCAAUUCCAGAAAGCGUACGGCGCCGCCUUCUGCUAUCGCCCCAGAUGCCAAAAAGAAGCGCAUUCCCGGCACAGAUGGCACAGAAGCUCCCCAAGAUCCGUCCGCCGAUGACCAUAUUACCGCGAGUAAUUCCGUCACUUCCCCGCUCCUUCGUCUUCCUGCCGAAGUUCGAGACAUGUUAUACAAUUACGUCUUCGACAGCUGCUAUUACGAUUUCUAUAGCAUUAUGGCCGAUACAGGAGAGUUGGUGUGUCUCCAGUCUCUCGCAGAGGACAACAUGGGCUUGCUUCUCGCAUCACGUCAACUCCAUGCUGAGACAGCCGAUUUACCCUAUAAGCUAGGGAGAUUCCAGUUCAGAUUUGCCCGCGCGACUAGGAAACAAUGGGUGCCUCAUGUCAGCCUCUUCAUGGAGAGACGUACUGCCAGACAAGUCAAGGCUAUGGGCUACUUCGCUGUUAGUCCUUGUUCCAUGGUGUUGAAGGGAUUCACUAAGGGGACUAGUUCAAACUGGGUCAAGAGGCUGAAGCUCAACAACAAGUAA